UUUCAGCUGCAGGGCCACGGCGAUUGUCAAGCUCCUGUGCUGAGAGAAGUGGCUGAAAUGCCACCCAAAAGGUGACAGAAGUGCAGCUCUGGUGACAAACUGUCAACUGCUUCAGCACGCAAGGAUGCGUUUCUCGGUGUGGAUCCCCUCCCUGUCAAUCCCGCAAGCGACUAGAAUAAGGUUCGGUAACUUCUGACAAAAAGCAUGUGCAAAGCACACGAGCAGGACUUCAGUUAACUCCCUGACCCCGUAACGAAGCUCCUCCACAGAUGGACGCAAUGAUCUGCUAACUGAGGCCUCACACACGGACGCCAAGGACCCUUUUAUUUAAGCACCAACAACCUGAGGGCAACCUGGCUGCAGGAUGCAAGUGGGGACCAUGUUAUCAUGCCGGGGCUGAGCACGGAUCUGGAGCACAACCAUGAUGAACAGUUUGAAUUGCUCUGAAACAGACCUCAAACCCUACUACGCGAUUACAUACACUUUCAUCCUGAUCCCUGGACUAAUAGGAAACACAUUAGCUUUGUGGGUCUUUUACGGGUACAUGAAAGAGACUAAAAGGGCUGUAAUAUUUAUGAUCAAUUUAGCCAUUGCUGACUUGUCGCAGGUGUUGUCCUUGCCCCUGAGGAUCUUCUACUACUUGACCGGGACGUGGGAAUUUGGAGGAGCUCUCUGCUUGUUUUGCUUCUACCUGAAGUACGUCAAUAUGUACGCCAGUAUCUACUUCUUGGUCUGCAUCAGCGUAAGACGAUACUUGUUUCUUAUAUACCCAUUCAAAUUCAACGACUGCAAACGCAUCUGUGAUGUGUAUAUCAGCAUCGUCGGGUGGGUUGUCGUCUGUGUCGGCUGUUUGCCUUUCCCGCUCCUCAGGCUUCACCAGCAAAACACCACCAGCACCAGCACCACCACCACGUGUUUUGUGGAUCUCCCCGUACAGCAAAUUGAGCUUCCCGCCUCCAUUGCAAUGAUGACUAUAGCUGAAUUGGCGGGGUUCAUAACACCCCUACUCAUUAUCCUAUACUGCUCAUGGAAGACUGUCUUAUCACUAAAAGAAAAAAAUUCUGCUUCACAUGACCUCGGAGAGAAAAAAAAGGCUUUAAAGAUGAUUCUCACUUGUGCUCUGGUAUUUCUGAUUUGCUUUGCACCUUAUCACAUCAGCUUUCCAUUAGAUUUCUUUGUCAAAACCAAAACGAUUAAGAACGGGUGCAUCCAGAAGGUGAUCUCGGUGUUUCACGUGGUAGCUUUGUGCCUUGCCAGCUUGAACUCCUGCGUGGACCCAGUCAUCUACUACUUCACUACAGAUGAGUUCAGGAGACGCCUUUCCAGGCAGGAUUUGCAAGACAGCAUUCAGCUCCACAACCUCAGUUACGUGAGGAAGCACUCCAGAGAGCCGCUCAGGGAGGACACCAUGGACUACUAGCACCGGCCUUCCCCACACGGUUGCCAGGACUUCAAAUGUUCACUAUCUUUUGGGGUUUGGCCCAAUUUUCUUUUUCCCCAGACACUGAGAGCAAUAACUCAGACAAGCUUCUGCUGAUUUCAGUGGAGAAAUGCAAACAAAAAACCCCCAAACCCCAAACCUCACCGCAAAUAUGUUGAUUUAAUACUUUGGUUGCAAAUUUUCUCUAAAUAUAAAUAAACAACCCCGUGUAAUAUUUCUAAGCUGGGCAGUAGGAGGAGGACGCGGACCCAUGGCAAGGGGCAAUGCUGUGCCCCGUUGUCACCGGUGGGGCCAUUACACGGCCGAGACCUGGUCACGCACCCUGGCUCCAGCAAGAGGCGGCAAAGAUUUGGGGGUCUUGCUACACAGGAAGAAUGUCAUCCUGAAAAUUAGUAGGUGACACAGUUUAUAUAUAUUUCUGAAGCAAAAGACAAUCCAGCAGCGACUAAUUUUUGCGGAGUGCCAAGAGCCUGCCUCAAGCCAUGUUGACCACGCAGCGAGGAGCGUAAGGUGGCCCCAAAGGACUUGCCAUCUAAAUAAUUAACUGAGCUUCCGUUUUGGGGUGUAGCAAAUGACAUGCCCCCAAAUCACAAAGUCACUGAAGCGUUCAGACACUAUUUUUCUGCCACCAGUUCCCAUUUGUGGAUCACAAGCCAUAUGGUUUGAAGCCACGUCGCUGCCUUGGAUAAGCUUUAACCGCAGGGCUGUGCUUUGGGGGUAUUUAUUCAGGCUAGAUGUCCAUCAAGCCUUUCGGGUCCUCUUUUCACCAAAGAUGGGGCAAAUUAUUUCCCUUUCACUGAUAACUGACCCUGCGCCAUCACAUCUACUCUUCGUUAACAGCAGCUUGAUUAAAACGCAGUCAGAGGAACCAAACCUUCCUGAAGUUUACAGUAAUGGGAACUCCCUAUAAGCAGAGCCAAAGGUGCCCCACAACAGGCUACGCGAGAUUUUUAAGAAAGGCUCAAACGUGGAUGUGUUUUUAAUAACAAUUUCUUUAAAAUGAAACAACAGAAGCUUUGGGCUUGACUGGCAUUUCAUUUGCACCUUCUUGUAACAUUUAUUUUUCUGUGAACGUUUGAAAUGUUAUGUUUUGAAAUCUAAAAAUACUGUGACGGUACUAGGUUUUAUUUAAUGCAAGUGUUUGUUUUAUAGAUUUAAUUUAUAAAAAAUAUAUAUAUCUUGUAGAAAAAUGAUGUGAAUCCCAGAGA